AUGGCUGCCAGACGGCCUGCCCAGCGCCUUGCUGCGUACCUUGCAUCUCCUUCUGCACGCCUCUCACGAACUCAAUUCGCUUCUACAAGACGCUGGCUGUCUAGUUCCGCCGGUCCUCAAGCUUCACGAACUUCUUACUCUAGCUCCUCUCCGUUGUGGCUCGCCGCCGUUGCCCUUGGUGUUGUCGCCCCCUUAGCCUACAAGAUGACCGAACUCGAACCGAUUAACGCCGACCCCUCUACUCUCGCCGACCGCGAUGCCCAGAAGAAGCGCGAGUCGGGCGUCACCGAGGAUUCUCCUAUGCGCCUCCGCAUGGAAAAGUUUAUUCGGGAACAACAGGCUCAGAUUGUUGCCGAGCUCGAGAGAGUCGACGGCAAGAAGUUUCGCAAGGACGAAUGGGAGCGUCCCAAUGGUGGUGGCGGUACCACCUGCGUCCUUCAAGAAGGCAAUGUCUUCGAGAAGGCCGGCCUUGGAGUGAGUGUCGUUUACGGCUCGCUUCCUAAGCCUGCCAUUGAGAAGAUGCGCGCAAACCACAAGACUAUGGAUCCCAACCUGGAGUCGAUCGACUUCUUUGCUGCAGGCCUCAGCAUGGUUUUGCACCCUUACAACCCUAUGGCGCCGACGGUGCACCUCAACUAUCGAUACUUUGAGACGGCCAAUCCAGACGGUACCUCUCAAGCUUGGUGGUUCGGUGGUGGCUGUGACCUGACGCCAUCGUAUCUCUUCGAUGAGGACGCAAUCCACUUCCACAAGACGAUGAAAACUGCCUGCGACGCCCACGAUAAGGAUUACUACCCUCGAUUCAAAAAGUGGUGCGACGAGUACUUUUACAACAAACACCGAGGCGAGGCCCGUGGUAUUGGCGGCAUCUUCUUCGACGACCUCGACGAGACCGAGCGAGACCGCGAGAACACUUUCUCCUUUGUCCAGGACUGUCUCAAGGCUUUCCUCCCCUCGUACAUCCCCAUCAUCGAGAAGCGCAAGGAUAUGCCGUACACUGAGGCGGAGAAGGACUGGCAGCAGUUGCGACGUGGCAAGUACGUCGAGUUCAACCUGGUGCACGAUCGUGGCACUGCGUUUGGCCUCAACACCCCUGGGUCAAGGGUGGAGAGUAUCCUCAUGAGCUUGCCACUGACCGCCGGAUGGAAGUAUAUGCACGAGCCCGAGCCUAAGAGCAGGGAGCAGCGCUUGGUGGAUGUCCUGAGGGACCCUAAGGAGUGGGUUUGA